GAAGGCGUCCCGGCCACAGCUCGAGAGCCUCACUCCCUCCACGGUCCUCUCUCCAGUGCAGAUUAAAUAGGGAAGCACCAUGUCGCAGCCAGAGCCCAGACCUGCCCAGCCACAGGUGUCCCACCGCGGGCGCAGCAACGCCCCUGUGGCCACCUCCAACGCCGAGGGCGAGGACUCCCCCGAAUUCGAGCCUUUCAACGCGCUGUCGCCACGCGGCUUCCCCCCUCUCACAGAGUACCUGGACAUCUGGGACGUGAACAUGCUGAGCCGGCCUGAUGAGAUGAACAAGCAGGAACACCACACCGAUCUGUUCUCCAGUUCGCUGCUGAUCGUGCGGCGUGGCCAGGAGUUCCAGAUCAGGAUCACCUUUGACCGCGCCUACAACCCCUCCAAGGACCAGUUCCUGGUGGAGUUCGUCAUUGGGACCAGCCCGCAGGUCAGCAAGGGCACCUACAUGCCGGUGUUCCCGGAUCCAGACAGGCAGGGGCAGUGGAGAGGCCGUGUGGUGGACAGCAUUGACAACAUCGUCACUGUGGGCAUCACCCCGGCGCCAGACUGCAUUGUGGGAAAGUUUCGCAUGUACGUUGCAGUCCUGACCCCCUAUGGCAUCCGCAGGACCCGCAGGGACCCCAAAAAAGACCUGUACAUCCUCUUCAACCCCUGGGUCUCAGACGACACUGUGUUCUUGGACAACGAGGAGGAGCGCGGAGAGUACAUCCUGAAUGAGUCGGGAAUCGUUUACCACGGGGAGGCCAACGAUAUUUCCGCCAGGCCCUGGAAUUUUGGACAGUUUGAGUAUGGGAUCCUCGACGCCUGCCUAUAUGUCAUGGACAAAGCCGUCAUGCCCAUCACCAACAGAGGAGAUCCAAUCAAGGUGGCCCGCAAGGCCUCUGCCGCGCUGAACUCCCGGGAUGAUGAGGGGGUGCUGGUGGGGAACUGGAGCGGGGACUACACCUACGGCGUGGCCCCCACAUCCUGGACAGGGAGCGUGGAGAUCCUGCUGACCUACGCCAGCAGCCAGCAGCCCGUCUGCUACGCCCAGUGCUGGGUCUACGCCGCCGUCUUCAACACCUUCCUGCGAUGUCUGGGGAUCCCCGCCAGGGUGGUCACCAACUUCUACUCCGCCCAUGACAACGACGGAAACUUAAAAACCGACAUUAUCCUGAAUGACGAAGGGAAAGUGGACCGAGCUCGCACUAAGGACUCCAUCUGGAACUACCACUGCUGGAACGAAUGCUACAUGAGCAGACCUGACCUGCCUACAGGGUUUGGUGGCUGGCAGGCUGUGGAUGCCACCCCCCAGGAGACCAGCGAUGGGCUGUACAGAUGUGGUCCUGCCUCUGUCCACGCCAUCAAACAUGGAGAGAUAUGCUACCCCUUCGAUGCUCCGUUUGUGUUUGCAGAGGUGAACAGCGACGUGGUGUUUUACGAGCGGAACAAGAACGGGAGCAUGCAGGUCGUGAAGGUCAACCGGUCCCACGUGGGUCGCAAGAUUCUGACCAAAGCGAUCGGCCGGGACGAGCCCGUCGAAAUCACCAGCCUCUACAAAUUCCAGGAGGGCACUGACGAGGAGCGCACGGUGACUGAGAAGGCGGACGGGUACGGUGUGACUCGCCAGAAAGACACCUCCGCCCAGGCGGACGUGCACCUGGAGCUGCUGGCGCAGGAAGUGAGUGUGGGAGACGACUUCCAGCUCACCCUGGAGUUCAAGAACAACAGCGGGAACCGCCACACCGUCAACGCCUACGUCAACGGCUACGUGGUCUACUACACCGGCGUCACCAGCGACGAGGUCAAGUCCAAGACCCUGAAGGUGACCGUGGAGCCCUGGCAGAGUCAGCGUGUUGCUGUGGACGUGCGCUCCAAAGACUACCUGAACAAGCUGGUGGAGCAGGCCAGCCUGCACUUCAUCGUCAACGGCCGCGUGGACGACGGCAGCCAGAUCGUCAGCGCCAUGCGAGUCAUCACCCUGCACGCCCCCAAGCUCACCAUCAAGGUGACUGGAGUCCCACGGGUCAGUGAGGAGAUGUUCGUCACCGUGGAGUUCACCAACCCUUUCCAGUUUAACCUGGACAACGUGUUCCUGCGUGUGGAAGGGCCAGGGCUCAUGGCACCCAAAAGUAAACAUUACAGCCUGAUCUCCUCGAAAUCUCCCCUGACGUGGACCGAGGCCUUCACCCCGCGGCGGCCUGGGCGCUCCAAGCUCAUGGUCACCUUGGACUGCGCUGCCCUGAGACAGGUGUACGGCCAGGUGGACGUCGACAUCAAACCCUGAGAGCCGAGUGGGAUGUUCCCAGACCCGCCCUGUCCCAGGAGAGGGAGAGAGGGAGGGAGCCGGGGUCCGGACGGCAAACAGCAGUGCUGCGUUUUUUUUCUCUAGCGCUUUGCUUUACUUCGCUUUACUCCUCCAUCUUGCUCUUUGCACUCUUCACCCCCCUCAGCAGUAGGAAUCUACAUACAGUUACAUCAGCUGAGCAGGGGCCGCGGGUGGCGUCUGAUAACUGUCGCACGGGGUCAGUGUUUGGGUCAAACAAGCAAGCAGUCAGCGAGAGAAAACAAAAGGCUCAUUUUUUUCUAGAGGAACUUGGUGGUUAUCAGAAACAUAGGCCCUCUGAAACCGCUGAACAUGUCUCACUGGCAGCGGUGCCACAUAUCCACAAGACUCUGGAACCCACUCUACAUUGGAUAAUACUUUAUGCUUAAGUUGACCUUCCAUUGACACAUUACAUUAUUGUCAUUUAUCAGACACCCAUAUCCAGAUAUACUUCAAAUUUUAUCCACUUAUUAUUUGCUCAGACAAUUCUGGGUUAAGUACCCAAGGGUACAACAGCAGUGCCACAGUGGGGAAUUGAAACAACAACCUUUUGGUUAUGAGCCCUGCUCCUCAUCACUACACCACAUUGCUGCCCACUACUGCCCCAACUCAGAUCUGUUUGUGACAGAGCAACCCACCCACCAUUGCUUUGUACAUUUAAUCUCUGUGUAUUUAGAAGUGUAUUGCAGCUUUCAGCAGCUUUGGCUGAGCUGAAACAGGGACUGGUACUGAUCCUGUGUAGAUGCUUUGGACAGAUAAAGGCUGCCAGUGUACUUGGGCAGCUUUAAAAUACAAAACAAUUCCAUCCUUUACUUCA